GAGCAUCGGUGCGUUUAGAACUGGCUGGCUUUCUGGUGAGAAAUUGUGCGACAGAAUGGAUUUCGAGCAGGUUAUGGAUAAGUGUGGCAGCUUCGGGCGCUAUCAGAUAUUACUGCUGAUCCUAUUUAGCUGCUCAAAUAUACUGUCCUCGUUGCAUUACUUUGCACAAACCAUCAUCAGUUUUACGCCAAAGCACAGUUGCGUCCAACCCGAAAUAGCAUCAAAUGGACUUCAAAUCUUCCACAACAACACGCUCUCAAGAUGCAGCUUUAUCGAGCUAAAUGAAAAUACUGGAGAGCUUAACAUGGCAGCGAAGUGCCAGGCCUGGGAGUACGAACGAGAGAGCGGUUAUGAGAGCGUAACAACUGAGCUGAAUUGGGUGUGUGACGAUGCUUACAAGCUGGCCGUGGGUCAAUCGUUCUUCUUUUUGGGCUCAGUGGUCGGUACUAUAUCCGUUGGCUAUGUGGCCGAUAGAUUUGGACGUUUGCCUGCUUGUGUGUUGACCACCCUAAUGGGGGCGACUGGCGAUUUUAUCACCUCAUUCGUGAACAAUUUGCAGCUCUUCUCAUUGGGCCGCUUUAUAUCUGGCUUUUCCACAGAUACGGUCUAUAUGUUGAUGUUUAUAUUGGUUUUCGAGUAUCUGAGCCCGAAACGUCGCACCUUUGGCCUCAAUAUCGUAUCGGCCGUCUUCUAUACCUUGACGCUGAUGAUUUCUCCCUGGUUGGCCAUAUGGGUUGGCACUUGGCGCCAUUAUCUCUGGGUGGCCUCACUGCCCGCCCUAGUAGUGCUAGCUUAUCCCUGUCUAGUCUUCGAGAGCGCCGAGUGGCUGUUGACCAAGCAAAGAUACGACAAAGCUGCAAAUUGUCUGCGACGCAUCGCCAAGAUCAAUAGAAGACAGGUCGAUGAGUCGGUGUUUGAGGAAUUCAAGGACUUUUAUCGAAACAAAACGAUGGAGCAGGCAAAAUUCAAUACUCAAAAGGACACUUUUAUGGACAUGUUCAGAACUCCACGCAUGCGCAAGUUUACAAUAAUACUGCUGAUCAAAUCCAUAAUCAUUACCGUGGCCUUUGACAUUAUCAGUCGAAACAUGGAGGGUAUUGGCACCUCACCCUUUAAGCUCUUCUCCUACACAGGCAUUGCACAUCUACCUUCGGGUCUGACCAUUAUACUCUUCCAAAAUUACAUUGGACGCAAAGGCAUGGCCUGUGCCUCCCUGUUUUUUGGAGGCAUUAUUACUGCCGUCACAGGCUAUUUGUUGGCCACCUUGGAUCCCGCAGAGAAUGCCAUUCUUAUGGCCUUCAUGGUAGGUCUGGCUCGCUACGGGGCUACAGUUGCGUACGAUGCCGAGGCCCAGUACGCUGCCGAAAUCAUACCGACAAGUGUGCGUGGACGUGGCGUGGCCAACAUACAUGUCAUAGGAUAUGGAUUUGGUUUCUGCAGCUCGUACAUUAUUUAUUUGGGUACCUUUUAUAAGCCCCUUCCAGCGCUCUUCAUCAGUGUGCUGAUGCUUAUUGGGGCGGCCCUGUGCCUGACACUCCCCGAAACUCAAAACAAGAAGCUGCCGCAGACUGUAGCUGAUGGCGAAAUCUUUGGCAUUGGGGAGAAAUGGUUUUUCUUCUCCUGCUUCAGCCGCAGACGACGGCAGAAGGAAGAGCAAUUCCCAACAGCUGCUGUGUCCACCAUUAUUAUCUCAAGUGCAAGCAAAAGUGGCAAUAAUGAGUUAAACAAGUUUAAUACUUUUACCUUUUAAAGAUGAUAAAUAUUGACUCAACUAAGGCUGGCCUUAUUGACAAUCUCACAAAAGUUUUGUAUAAUAUUAUGAAAAAUAAAGGUUAAGUUAAAAGUGAAAA